AUGGCUGAUUUUCAGUCCUAUAUCUCUAUUUUUCUCAUAUGCCAGAUCUCCACCAUCUUAAUUUGGGUGUUCUCCAAAUCUCCUCGUGCUAAAUCUCAUCUCCCACCAAGUCCUUAUGCCCUCCCCAUCAUUGGUCAUCUUCACCUCCUUUCUCCGACCCCUCAUCAUGCUUUUCAAAAGCUUUCUAUUCAAUACGGGCCGGUUUUUCGUGUCUUAAUGGGCUCUGUACCUUGUGUUGUCGCUUGUUCAGCCGAAACAGCGAGCCAGUUCCUUAAAACCAAUGAAAAUUCUUUUCUAGAUCGACCUCAAAACUCAGCCUUAGAUUACCUAUCUUAUGGAUCAAAAGACUUUGCCUUUAUUGCAUAUGGGCCAUACUGGAAAUUCAUGAAGAAGAUAGUUAUGUCACAGCUCCUAAAUGGAACAACACUUGACUUGCUACAUUCUGUUAGGCAAGACGAGAUUAACCAGUUUAUGAUAUCAUUAUCUCAAAAUGCUAGAGAUGGCAAACCGGUUGACCUUGGUGGUGAGCUUGUGAAGAUGACUAACAAUGUGAUAUCAAGAAUGAUUAUGAGCGAACGAUGUUCGGAGAAGGAGAGCGAGGCAAAGGAUGUGCGGAAACUGGUUGCCGAAAUAAAUGAGAUGGCUGGUAAGUUUAAUCUCUCGGACUACAUAUGGUGGUUUAAGAAUCUAGACUUGCAGGGAAUAGGGAAAAAGUUGAAGGAUAUUCGUAGAAGAUAUGAUGAAUUGAUAGAGAGAAUCAUUAAAGAACAUGAAGAAGCAAGAAAGCAUGAGAUGGGAUCACAAGGGAAAGACUUGCUUACAAUUUUACUCAACAUUGCAGAAGAUGAAAGUAUGGAGAUAGGGUUGACCAAAGACAACAUCAAGGCCCUAAUCAUGAAUAUCUUCACCGCUGGAACAGACACUUCCGCGCUUACCAUAGAAUGGGCUUUAGCAGAACUCAUCAAUCAUCCGGACAUAAUGAAAAAAGCAACCGAAGAAAUCGACACUAAAAUCGGCAAAAACAGACUUUUAGAAGAAUCAGACAUACCCAACCUUCCGUACCUCCAAUCAAUUGUCAAGGAAACCUUACGUCUUCAUGGAGCUGCCCCAUUAAUUCCAAGAAAAUCAACAGAAGAUUGCGUAGUGGCAGGUUACCAUAUUCCCGCAAAAACUAAUAUUUUUGUCAACAUAUGGGCUCUAGGCAGAGAGCCAAACUAUUGGGAAAGCCCCCUUGAAUUCCGCCCUGAACGAUUCCUUGAAAACCAAGUAGAUGUGAGAGGGCAGCAUUUUCACAUGUUACCGUUUGGUACCGGGAGGAGGAUGUGUCCUGGGACCUCACUAGCAUUGUUGAUGGUGCAAACAACUCUUGGUUCUAUGAUUCAGUGCUUUGAGUGGAAGGCUGGGAAAGAUGGAAAUCUAACAAGUGUUGAUAUGAAAGAGGGAACCAGCCUCACACUUUCUAGAGCAAACCCUUUGCUCUGUGUUCCUGUGGCUAGAUUAGACCCCAUCCCGUCAUUGAAGUAA